AUGGGAGCUUCAACUUCCACUAAUGCUACUCUUCGGAAUGACCAUGCACAAAUUCUCAAUUCAGUACUAAGAAGGGAUGAGAAUGCUUUGUUACGAAACUAUAAACAUGGUUUCUCAGGCUUUGCAGCUCGUUUAACAAAAGAGGAGGCAUACUCAAUUGCUAAAAAACCUGGUGUUAUGUCGGUUUUUCCUGACCCCAUUCUGAAGCUCCAUACAACACGCUCAUGGGAUUUCUUGGCACAACAAAGUCUCACCGCAAUGGACACCAAACUAAACACCAUCUCUAAUUUCUCUCCCUCGUCAGACAUUAUCCUUGGUGUCAUAGACACAGGUAUAUGGCCAGAGGCAGCGAGUUUUAACGACAAGGGAAUGGGUCCAAUUCCAUCUCGUUGGAAAGGAAAAUGCAUGACAUCACCUGACUUCAAUUCUUCUAGUUGUAAUAGGAAGCUAAUUGGAGCAAGGUUUUACAUCUCUGACUCGCCAAGGGAUACUAUUGGUCAUGGAACCCACGUGGCGUCCACGGCAGUGGGGAGCAUUGUAAGAGAUGUAUCAUACUAUGGUCUAGGGCCAGGGAAUGCAAAGGGUGGGUCCCCAAAAUCCAGGUUGGCCAUUUACAAAGUGUGUUCGUUUGCGUGUGAGGGGUCGGCCAUUAUGGCAGCGUUCGACGAUGCCAUUGCCGAUGGAGUGGAUGUGUUGUCAUUGUCGCUAGGUCAAUUCCCUGUGAGAAAUCCUGACUUGUUGACCGACGUCAUUUCAAUCGGAGCAUUCCAUGCCAUGGAGAGCGGCAUCGUCGUCGUCUGUGCCGCUGGAAAUGAGGGAUCCAGCCCCUACACGGUUGUCAACGACUCACCUUGGAUUUUAACUGUUGCAGCUUCCUCCAUCGAUCGGGACUUUCAAUCCUAUCUCGUCUUGGGUGAUCACACCAUCAUCAAGGGUAGAGCAAUUAAUUUCUCUCCCCUUUCAAAAUCUCCCAAUUAUCCAAUCAUAUCUGGUGAGUUUGCCAAGGCAAACAACAGCACCGCAACUGAAGCCAGACAUUGCCAACCAAAUUCAUUAGAUGGAAAGAAACUCCAUGGGAAGAUAGUUGUUUGUGAUGGCAUGCAUGACUAUUUUCUAGUUGAUACAUUGAAAAAAUUUGGAGGAAUAGGUUUGGUUUUGAUUGUGAAUUUAUCAGUGGUGGCAGAUAAUUUUGGGAACUUUCCGGCAACAGAGGUAAAUCCAAAAGAUGGCAUCAAAAUCCUCCAAUAUAUCAAAUCAACCAGCAAUCCAAAGGCAACAAUACUAGCAACAAUUACAGUUCCUAAUUAUAAGCCUGCUCCUGAGAUAGCAAUCUUUUCAUCAAGAGGACCUUCGCCGCUUUCAAGCAAUAUUCUCAAGCCUGAUGUUGCAGCACCAGGAGUUAACAUUCUUGCUGCAUGGAUUGGAAAUGACACAUCCGAUGUUCCAAAAGGACAAAAACGAUCAAUGUAUAAUAUAAUCUCUGGGACUUCCAUGGCUUGUCCACAUGUUUCAGGGCUUGUGUGCAGUAUCAAAACACACAACCCCACUUUGAGUGUCUCAGCAGUCAAAUCUGCUAUCAUGACUUCAGCAAUUCAAUACGACAACGUGAAGGGUCGCAUAAAAAAUGAUUCGGGAUUGGUGGCCAACCCUUAUGACUAUGGAGCAGGGGAAAUAACAACAUAUAAACCAUUGCAACCAGGGAUGGUUUACGAAACCGACGUCAUUGACUACGUGAACUUUUUGUGCUACAUUAAACUUAACAUAAGCGCGAUUAAGCUCAUCUCCAAAACAGUCCCUGAUAAUUUCGAUUGUCCUAAGGAUUCGAGUUUUGAUCUCAUCUCCAACAUCAACUAUCCUUCCAUAGCUGUAAACCUCACUGGCAAAGGAGUUGUGAGCGUGAGUAGAACUGUCACAAACGUUGGUGAAGAAGACGAAACAACGUACUUUCCCGUUGUCAAUGCUCCAAGUAAUGUAACUGUCACAUUGAUUCCAGAUAAACUUCAGUUCACAAAAAAUUGUAAAAAGCUAAGCUACAAACUCGAUGGAAGUAAGUAA